AUGCUACACGGCCAUCGUACCGUGGCCGCCGUCCUCGCCGUCCUCGUUACGAUCUUUAUCUUGUUCAGACCGCCGCGACUAAAUGAUCUGCCGCCGCUGCCCUACCUCAAGGUGUCGGCCAAGGCGUCCCCCGACAUUCUAAAUGGCACGAUCGGGUUUCAGCAGGUUUUCGUCAUCAACCUCCCCUCGCGAACCGACCGGCGCGACGCAAUGACGCUAGCAGCAGCGCUCAGCAAGAUCGACGUGACAUGGGCCGACGGGGUCACAGGAGAGGCUGUGGUCGAUAAAGCCAUGCCCGGAGACAGCUGGGACAAAUCAAUUUCAAAGGGGAACAGGGGAUCGUGGCGGGGGCACAUGAAUGUCCUUCAGAGCGCCCUCAUUCUCGAAGACGACGCCGACUGGGAUGUCCGGCUGAAGAUGCAGAUGCAGGUGUUCGCACAGGGUGCGCGGGCAUUCACACAGCCCGUGACAGGCAAGCCGAGAAUAACCGUCGCCGAUUCCUACCUUGACGACGACAAGCUUCCCUUGGACCUGCCAGUGGACACCCUGCCGUCGAAUCUCCGACCGGCUCUCACACCCUACGGCGACAGUUGGGACGUUCUCUGGCUGGGCCACUGCGGCACAGAGUUCCCGACGAGGCCCUCUACAGCAGCAGAGGAUCCCACCUCUGCAGACACCAGCACCAAAGCCGAAUCACCAUCUCACAGGCCGCCGCUCCUGCGAGUAGUGAUUCCGAACGAUGGCACCGUACCUGCCCCAGAGCACUUGAAAGCCCACCCGUUUGCCCUCCAGGACCCCCUGGCCGAGCUGUACCCGCCGUACACGAGGAUUGUGCACGCGUCGAGCGCCACAACAUGCACCCAGGCGUACGCGGUCAGCCAGCAAGGGGCAAGGAAGCUGCUCUGGCAGUUUGGGCUGCAGUCGCUGACGACGGGAUGGGAUCUGAUGCUGCGCGACUGGUGCGAUGGGCUGUAUCACUCUGCAGAGGUUCAGGGCGAUGGCUCGACUCCACCAGUCUGCGUGACCAUUCAGCCGCCGCUGUUCAGCCACCACUUCGGCAAGGGUGCCGCUUCGGAUAUCACGGCACCUGGUGGGGGAUUUGUCAACAAGGACAAGGAGAUGACGCCGUACGUGAGGCUCAGCGUGAGGUUAAAUAUGGGAAGGCUUGUCGGCGGGGCUAGGGAUGACGGCUUGGUGGAUCAGUGGCCUGACGAGAAGCGGGAGGCCUGA